AGUUGCAAGUGAUCGCGUAUUUUGACUACACGCACUGCUCAACACUCCACUGGCCAGUUGUUGCACUUUGGCACAGAUUUUCUGGCUAGCUUUCCAGACACUUUUUGGGUGGUAGUGAAGUGUGGGGUAGUUUUUCCUACGCGCCCCAAAUACUGUGAACCAUUUCCAGUGCUUGCCAAGAAAUUCUGUACUUUUUCAGUUGCACAAAAGUGGGCCAUUCACUAGAAAAUUGUGACAAAAAUUUAUGCCAGGAUUUUCUCUAUGUUCAAUUGAGGAGGUGUUUCUUAAAGUGAAUAGAAGUGGAUUCAAAGUUUGGUCUUCCAAGUCGAAUAUGACGAUGUGUGAGGGAGUGUGAUGAAAAGUGGUCCGAAAAGGGUUCAAAGUAGAUGAAGGGAAGUGGCGGAAAAAGGUCCAAUCGGAUUGAAUUUUCUUCAAGUAUUCAAUAAAGGUAUUCAGUACUGAGAAAAAAGAAAUAACUUCAAAUUCACCUAAAGAUGUUUGGUGGAAAAUGACUAGAAUUCUAACGACAAGGUGGUGAUAAAAGGGAUCUCGAUGCAAAUAAAUGGGAAUUCAGGUUCAACAAUGGCUGCUUCGGAACCACCAGAACCGCCUCCUCGUAAUCCUGAUAAAAUCAACGCAUCACUUAAGCAAAUCUCGACUGAAUCAAAGGCGCCAAAGUUGGUAGAUGCAGCCAACAAUGCGAAUCUGAGACCAACCCAGAAGCAGAACAAUGCUACAUCCGUCUCCAGUUCUUCUCCAGACGGAGCACAGAGGUGUGUUGAUGAUGUGGAUGCUAAGGGGUCAGAAAAUGGCGAGGAAGUUACAGAGGAGGCCAACAACAGCCAUGGUGAGACUGAUACACUUAAUGGGAAAGACGACAAUACGGUGGACUCAUUCAGGACUACAGUGGAUAAGCCUGACUUGGACAGUUUUGAUGAUUUAGACUCCCCACAAUCAUCUAAACUGAAGGUGGAGAAUCAGCGUCUCUCUGCUGAGAUUUCUCGGCUUAAAAAGUUACUGGAGAUCUCGCCAGACGGUGCCAUUGGUGGUAUAGAUUUAUCGGACAAUAACAGUUUUGAUGCUCAUUCCACGGAUGGGGGUUCCAGUGGGCGAAUGGAACGACUUGAAGUGGAGUUGAGAAUGGCAAGGGAGCAAAUUACACAUUUGCGCUCCGAACGGAAGAAACUGCGGUCAGACAAGGCGGAUUUGCUGAGACACGUAAAACAGCUGUGCUCAUCGCUUCACGACAAGGAGCAGGAGCUGAGGGAUUUUAUUCGAAACUAUGAACAAAGACUUCGGGACAACGAGUCCACAGCACUUAAAAUGACCAGUGAACGGGAAAGGGAAAGAUGGUCUCUAAUGAAGCAUGCCCGAGAUGAAGCUGAAAGAUCACUUGUAUUAGCAGCACAGCUAAAUGCCAGAGAUCUUCAACUUCAGCGAACGCAAGAACAGUUACAGGAAGCUCGACGUCAACUGUCUGGCUGCAUGUCAGAUCAGGAGAGUCUCAUAUCUAUGCCACCCCCAUUGACACCACCUUCCAGUGGUCUUUUGUCUCAUCUUACGGCAGGAUUCCCCGGAAGCAUUGUUGGUGGAUCGGAUUCGACUGUACGAGGGAGCAGCGAUAAGGAUAGUGCUGCCGGCGAUUUGAACCUCAGCGAUGGUCCAUGCGAGAAUGGGAUGUGCCUCACAAUGGACCCAGAUAACAUAUCACUCGUCUCUAGUCAACACAAUAUGUAUCAAUAUGGGACCCCUGUGAAGGAGCGCAGUCCGACAUUGUCACCACUGAACUCGAGUGCUUUCUCACGUUCUGUCGACAACACAGAUACGACUGUGGGUAGUCGUUCUGUGGAGCAAUUGGGUGCUUCUUUGGAUGGUGAUGGAAGUACAUUUUUGGGCAGACGAUUAACGGGAAAGAGUACAGGAACAUUGGGACGAUCUGGUCGUGGCAGCACAUGGGGCAGCAUUUCAAAAGUAUUUGCCCGAUCUCGACAACGAGCUCGGAAUGCUUCACAAGAUGCUGACAAUUCAACUGUGUCAGAAUGUGGCUGGAGUCCUUUGACAGAGGAAGGCUAUGCGGAGAAGCUGCGUCUGCUGCGAGAAGCAUCAGCAGCUCCAAUGGAGCGUUGGAGGGCGUCACAAGUAUUGGCAUGGUUGGAAGUUGCUCUUGGAAUGCCACAGUACAGUGUAAGAUGUUCGGAAAAUGUGAAAAGUGGAAAGGUGUUGCUUGAGUUAUCUGAUGCAGAGUUGGAAGCAGGUUUGGGCCUCAGUCAUCCUAUGCACAGGAAGAAAUUGAGGCUGGCAAUUGAAGAACAACGGCGACCGGACCUAGUACGGUAUCCUACUAUUGGUCAACUAGGGCACACAUGGGUGGCUUCAGAAUGGCUCCCGGAUAUUGGAUUACCACAGUAUGCAGAGUCCUUUAUGCACUCACUGGUGGAUGCUCGGAUGUUAGACACGUUAUCUAAGAAGGAACUAGAAAAGAUGUUGGGUGUUACGAGGAAGUUUCAUCAGGCUAGCAUUGUUCAUGGUAUCCAUGUUCUUCGGAUCAUCAAGUAUGAUCGGCAGGAGUUAGCUAUGCGACGUUUGCAGUCUGAGAGUCUAGACUCAGAUCCAAUUGUGUGGACCAAUCAAAGAUUUAUUCGAUGGGUCAGAUCUAUUGACCUUGCUGAGUAUGCAGACAAUCUUAAAGACAGUGGAGUUCAUGGAGGUCUUGUGAUUCUGGAACCUUCCUUUUCUGGGGAAACAAUGGCCACAGCCCUUGGAAUUCCACCUUCAAAGAAUAUCAUCCGGCGUCACUUGACGGCUGAAUUUGACGCUCUUGUCCUACCAGCAAGAGCCACGCUGGGCCAAGGUAUACGUAGUGGUGGACAAAUUAUACCCAUUACUGGAUCUGGAGGAUUGCACCACCAUGGAACGAUUGACAGAAAAACAUCCGGGAGUCUAAGGUUUGCCACAUGGCGAGGAUCACAGAGUUCCCUAUCGAAAGUGUUCGGUUUCACGAAGACUCGUCCUGAGAAGCUGUUUAAUCCAACAUCACCAACAAACUCUUAUAGCAGCGAAGAUUAUGCCACGGUGGGCUCCUUUUUUUCACCUCCACCCACUCAACACCCACCUCAACCACCCACAACAACUCCACCACCUUCUCUGCCCAGUCAUCGUGUGAGUGCUCCUCCAACUGAAACGGCGCCCAUCGGAUGCACUCUCCCGCGGCAGCAUCGUCGUGUGAAGAGCAUAAGUGACAUUGACGUUAUCGCGGCUGGGCCCGUAUAGCGCCCAAGAAGUGGGAUUUUCCCUCCUGCAACAGGAGGGUAUUCUCCCAGAAAGAGCCCUAAGCUAUAAUAAUACCAGUCAAUCCCAAUCAUUUGUUUAAAAUUUCAGUAUAAAUUCCCCAUUAUGCCCAGCGCACAAUAACUUUUGUUUGUAAACA